GUCCAGCAUGCCCCGUCCAGACGCGCAGUUCAUCUGGAGAGAGACCGACGGAGCCCGGCGGAGCUGUGACCCGUGCGCUCUCGUCCAGCAGCUCCGCCUCUCCGGACUCGCGCAUCCCGCUAAAGAGCAGAGCGCCAUCGCCCGAGCGCGGAGACGCCGCAGACUGGCCGCUAACGCCCGCGAGAGGAGGAGGAUGCUCGGCUUAAACGUGGCCUUCGACCGCCUCAGGAGCGUCAUUCCUAACGUGGAGAGCGAGCGGAAGCUGUCCAAGUCUGAGACGCUUCAGAUGGCGCAGAUCUACAUCAGCACUCUGAGCGAGCUGCUGGAAGGCGGCAGCUGUGACCCGGAAUUCACUUACCCGACAUUGCUGAUGGGUGUGCAGGAGGAGCAGGUGAUGGGGAAGAGUUCACUGGAAGCUGCAGCAGGUGAAGAGACCAAACCGGAGCAGAAAACUGUUCCCACCUGCAGGAGAAAUUCUUAUGGUGGGAACUUCGGGCGUGCACCCUGCUGUGACCCUAAAACACCUGAACUCUUACAGAUGAACUCACUGGAGAGAAGCAAUGGAGCCAAAUAACACUGAACCUUCAUUCCGAGUUUGUUGUUCUAUUUAACAUGAUGUGCAUGACUAAAAUAUAGAUAUUUUGGAAUCAAUGAAUGAUAUUUUUGGUCUUAAUGCUACAAAUAAAUAUUUU